UCCCUGCUCCACGCAGCACCAGGAAGACCAGGGGAGGAGGGGAGCAGGAGGGGGAGGAGUCUGUUCUCCCUGCUCCACGCAGCACCAGGAAGACCAGGGCAGGGUCCCCAACAGCCCCCAGGUCAGACCAGGGGAGCCCAGCUAGUGACCCCACCCCUCGGAGGACUACCAGAGGAAGGAGAGUAGCGCCUCCAGGGACGGCUGAGACUCCUCCCCCCUCUGAGGCUCCGCCCCCCGCUGAGGCUCCUCCCUCCUCUCGUACCAGACGAGCCACACGGGAUCAGGGCGAGGCAGGAGGCGAGGUUGAUGGCAAGAGGGUUCCCAGGGGCAGCAGGAAGAGACUCACCAAGAGCAGAACAGCUUCUCCUCCUCCAGCUGUAGCUGAUGUCAUGUCCCCCCUGCCCAGCCCCACCCCGCCCCUCCCCAAAGCCCUCCGGACAGCAGAGGACGGCCUGCCCCUCCGCAUGAACCUCCGCUACAAACGCAUCCUGGACUCCAUCCUGCCCAAGCCAGUCACACGCAGGAGGAAGCUAUGACCAAACGCAUCCUGGACUCCAUCCUGCCCAAGCCAGUCACACGCAGGAGGAAGCUAUGACCAACGCUGUUUUAGAGUCUCAAACCUUUUGUAGAAUGUACAUGUUUUAAUUUUGCUACAAAUAAUUAGAAUAAAAUUGAAUUGAUAUUUUGCUUGGCUUUUAAUGUUUUGAUAAGAUUAAAGUAACAAUCAAGAUGCCAAUGUUGGAUUUUUUUUAAUGUAAAGUAUUUUGUGAUGUUUUUGGAAGAAGUUUUUGUACUCAUAGCAGCAGCCAGCACAGCAGGCUGCUGUUACUGUGUUCAGAGGUCACAGGCAGCAUUCUGGUGUGGACGUUUAACCACAAAAUACAAAAUCUAUUACCUGAUACUGGAUUAAUCCUUAACACUCAGCUUGUGUAUGUCUUGAACUCUUUAAUGUUUGUAAACAUGGAGAACAUGCUUCACCUGUGCUCUAGCGUUCUCAAAGAAACUUCCAGCACAUCGUCUAGUGUUUCACCAGUGUCCCAAACAGGUGUGUGGUGUCUGUUCAGGGAUGCUGUGCUGAUUGGCUUGUUUUACCCCCAUCAGUUGCUUCCCCUCUCACUUCUAGGCUGAUUGUGUUUUGUUGAUUUUUAUCUUCGACAGUUAAAGCUGAUAUGUAUCAUUAAGAGUUUUGUCUUUUUUUCUACCUCUGGGAGGGAGAUGAUCUUCCUGAGGUGAAGCUGUUUAAGGGGAAGGUUGUGUUGGUGUCCUGUACCCUGGGAGUGGGGUGGAUCACUAAGGCAGUGUUUGUGUGUACAUAAUUGAUGCUGCAGAGAAAGUAACCAUCAGACUGUGGUGUCUGGUUCCUAGCCUCCCUAUCCUGGCCUGGAAGUUCGAGUCAAUAUGGUUAUAAGUCAGUCUUAGGUUAGUCACUCAUAGUGAAGCUUUAUGCAACAGAUACAUUGAAGUGUUGUGUGAUGGCAAGUCGGACUUAGAUAGAAUAUAACUAAGUCUAAGACUAGGUUCAUUUUAUAGUAACUGGCACCAGGUCUCAACUUGACUCAGUUAUCUUGUGUGUGGUCCAAUCAGAGCGGGACGUCGGGAACAUGAAGGCAUCGCCAGCAGAGAUGGCCGGUAAGGACUGUGUUAAAGUAGCGGUCCGAGUCCGUCCCUUCAACAAGCGGGAACGUGACGCGGGAAGCGUGUGUGUGGUCUCCAUGGCAUCCAGCAGCGUGACCCUGCAGGACCCCCGCGGGGGCCCCAGCCGCUGCUUUAGCUUCGACCACGUCUACUGGUCACACAGCGGCUUCUCUAGGGAGGGGGGCCGCUACUUGGCCCAGGAACCUGGGAGCCGCUAUGCUGACCAGGCGUGUGUGUUCCAGGACCUGGGGGAGGGGGUGCUUCAGAGCGCCUUGCAGGGCUACAACGCCACGCUGCUGGCCUAUGGCCAGACAGGCUCUGGGAAGAGCUCCACCAUGCUGGGCCACGGCCCCAACCCUGGCCUGGUCCCCACACUCUGCCACAGGCUGUUCCACUCCCUCACUCAACACCAGGAAAGCUUGCAGAGCCAGGUGUUUUUCAGCAUGUUGGAGAUCUACAACGAGCAGGUGGUGGACCUGCUGUGCCGGGGGCCCCGGGCCCCAGGGGGCCUGAGGGUGAGGGAGGAGCAACACCGGGGAUUCUAUGUGGAGGGGCUCCGCAGGGUGCCCUGCGACAGCGCAGUACAGGUGGAGCAGCUGAUGGAGCAGGGAACACGUGCGCGCACCACAGCCGCCACACACACCAACGCCAACAGCAGUCGCUCCCACAUGCUUAUCACCCUCCAGCUCAAACAGAUGUUUUCUAGGGAGAGCAUCACCAAGCAGUCCUCCAUCACCCUGGUGGACCUGGCUGGCAGUGAGAGGCAGCGAGGCUCUAGCUCUGAGGCAGACCGCCUCAAGGAGGGCACCGCCAUCAACCUCAGCCUCACCACCCUGGGCAACGUCAUCAGUGCCCUGGCAGACGUGGCGCUGGGCAGGAGGGGGGUCCAUGUCCCCUACAGAGACUCUGUUCUCACCAAGCUGCUCCAGGCUGCCCUGGGGGGCAACAGCCGCACCUUCAUGAUUGCCACACUGAGCCCAGCUGAUAUCUGUUACGAGGAGUCUCUCUCCACGCUGCGCUACGCUGACAGGGCCAAGCGUAUCCAGAACCGGGCGGUGGUGAAUGAAAGCCCCACUGAGAGGCUGGUGAAGGAGCUGAAGGUGGAGAACGCCCGGCUGACACAGAGACUGGGCCGGCUGGGGCAGGAGGGCAAGAGGACAGAGGAGGAGAGCAAGGAACUGCGUCGGCUGCUUAGACAGAACGAGCUGCAGAUCAGAGCGAUACAGACGCUCUGGGAGCAGAACCUGCAGGAGGCCCUGAGGGACUGGGAGCAGCAGUACGCCAGCAUCACCCAGGAGCGGAGGAUGAUGCAGGUUCAUCCCUACAUCCUCAACAUCAACGAGGACGCCCAGCUGUCUGGGGUGGUCAAGCUUUUCAUCUUGGAGGGUGAUUGGGACGUAGGACUGUCAGACUCCUCCCCCAGGUGCAUCUCCAUCAGAGGCCUGGGGAUUCAACAACAUCACGCCGUGUUUAGUAACUCCCAGCACCGCGUGUCUCUGACCCCGCUGCCAGGGUCAAAGGUCAUCAUCAACGGGAACUCCACCUCCCAGAAAGCUGAGCUGCAGCAUCUUGACCGUCUUAUCCUGGGUUCCAACAGCACCUUCCUCUUCAUUGGCUACCCCACAGAAAGGGGCGAGGAAGACUGGAGUCGCUAUGACUACGACUACUUCCAAUCGGAGCUGGCGGCUGCAGAGGGAAUCCACCUCCACUCUCAGGGAGAGCCCAGCAGUGUGUCAGGUCAGACAGACCCCAGUCUCCUGGCUGUCUUCUAUGACUACAUCAAACUGAUGCCCAUGCUGGCCGAGGCUAACCAGAUGAGCCGGGAACUCCACAAGGAGGUGGAGUUUAAGCUGGAGAUCAAGAAUCUGGCACUGUCAGAUGCCAGAGGUCAUGACCUUGAGAAGGACAUCGUUGUCAGGGUCACGUCCCUCAAGAACAGCCAGGUUUGGCUGUGGUCCAAGAGUAAAUUUGUAAACCGUAAGUACCUGAUGGAGGAGCUGUACCAGCAGCACCAGGCGGAGGGCGGGGGAGAGGUGGGGCCCGUGCCCAGGGAGAGGGACCCUUUCUGGGACCCUGUGGAGCCUCUGCUCCUGGGGAAGGCCCACCUCUGGCUCCAGUCUCUGGCCUUCCGCAUCGCCCUGGAUGAACAGCUGGAGGUGCUGGGGUCAGAGGGCACAGAGGAAGCUAUCCUGCAGGCCCAGCUCAUCCCAUGCAGCCCCACAGGAUUGUCCCUGUCAGAGGAGGACAUCCUCAUCGACCCCUCAGAGCUGCUGGGUCGCCGUCUGGACUUCCAGCUGGUUUUGGACCGGUGCUGUGGCCUGUGCUGGCUCCGCCAGUCCAGGAACAGGGGGGUCCAGAUUGGGUUCCAGAUGUUUGACUGUGUGCAGCUGUUCACACCAGCCGUGUGGCACAACGUCAACCCCCUGCUGGAGCAGAGGAUCCACUUCACCUCCCUGCAGACCUCCCCUGCCCUGCUGGAGCACCUGCAGACCAACGCCCUGGUGCUGGAGCUUUGGGGCCUGCAGGAGGGGUGUGUGGAGAUGGCGUGGUGUCUGGAGGGGGUGGAGACGACUCCAGAAGGAAGCUUCAUCAUCGACCAGGCCUCUGACACACCCGCAGUCUGCCCUGUGGACUCUCUGCAGCGGGACUUGGAGGAGCUGAGGAGGCAGAACUCAGCCCUGAGGAAGGACAACAGCUCCCUCAGAGACCAGCUCAGCAAGGCCAAGCAUGGUAGAAGGAGCCAGGCUGAGAGGAGCAGCCAGCGCUCCAGCUGUGAGGUGGAGCUGGGCCGCUCCCUGAAGGUGUUCUACCACAGCAUGACCUCCGUCAGGGCUCUGCUGCAGGGGCUACGGAGGCAUCGACCCAGUGAGGAUGCUGGCCUGCAGGCUCUCAGGCUGUAUGUGUGCGAGCAGGCUGCUCAGCUGAAGGUGUUCUCAGAGGAGCUGGAGCACAGCGUGGCGGCACUCAAACAGGAUGUCGCUGCCAUCGUCCGUCGCAAGCGAGAACGCUCCGGAACCUGGUCUUGACCGGGCUUCGCCGCUAAGGGCUGAGCUGGGGGGUGGGGGACUGGAGGCUGACGUGGCCAAGGCCAGACACCAUGAACCCUCGUCUAGCCAAUCAGAAGGCUGAGGCCAGAGACCAUGAACCCUGGUCUGGCCAAUCAGACUUGUGGAACUGAAACAUGAUUGGGCAAGAGAAACAAAGGAAGUGAAGUAUAUCCUUUACAUAUACCUUUAGGGUUAGGAUGUCUUCUAACCCAAACCCUUUGCAUACACCUUUACGAUUAGUGGACAUUUAUUUUGAAAAUAGAUUUGAAUACAAAAUAUUAUCUUUUAAAGCACAUCCUCAUAUAUGAUUGUGUCCAAUUCUAAAUCUACAUGUAUAAAGAUGUUGAACCAUGUUGAGAUGACAUUAAAAACAAUAAAAACACCUCAAUUUAAUCUCAAUUUAAACAUUCAAACAGGUCUAUGAGCACAGGAUAAAAAAGAAUGUGCAAGUUGAUUUAAAGUUUAUUUAGCUGUAAAAGUGUUCUUUCAAAAUACAGGAUUUCCAAUUUAGUUAAUUUAUUCAGUUUGAAAGGAUGAACCAUUGUGUU